AUGGCUUUGAAAAUCCAGAGGCUGCAGUUAGUCUUGGCGAUCCUCGUCGCGGUGCAAGAAAAUGUUCCAGCGAUGCUCGGUGGGAUUGUACCUCCUUUUUGGCCACCAGGACCACGGCGACCUCAAUGCAUACAGAGCCACGAAUUUGGCAGUGGGGACGAAGCAAUUAAACUGAAACCACGUUGUGAUGGCGGUUGUGGCGAGGAAAAGCCGAAGGAGGGCGACAAAUGUGUUGUGGUGUCUGGAACAUCAGGCCCUGUUUUAUUCAUUCUCUCUGGAGUAUGUCAAAACAUGACGUGUGAAAUAAGCAACGAAAGCGAGAUAUAUAAACAAGAAAUGAAUGUAUCGCUCAAUAAUAUUGAUGUCGAGGAGGAACAAAUUCCACAGCUACCCGGUUGUGGGUUCACAAGGGUUCAAGACAAAGCAAGGAAGUAUUUACUUUCCAUGGCGUGCACAGCCUGUGAAUCUCAGUUAAAUAAAACGAUACGACCGGAUUGCACACUGUGUAUUGUAUAUCAGAACAAUACAGAGUCAGGUGAAGUAAGACUUACAGUGGGAGAGUGCCAUAAUGGAACAUGUGUUUCUCGUAAUCCGAGUGAAACCGUAGAUGUAAAGAAAGAAUUAAUCACGAACUCCGACUUACUCAGGUACGAAUCAUACAGAAAAACACAUGCCAGCGCAUAUCGUCUAUUUUGA